CAUAAUAUCCGUUGGGGUAGGAGAUGCUAGCAUUUCUAUGUCUACCUCUCUCUUCCGCACAUGAAAUGAUCUCAUUGUCCUCUUAUGAUGAUAUUGUUUUGCCACUACCCAUUGGUGGGCUUCCCCUAUGUUGCUUGCGCAGCUCCCAAUACUACAAUACCCUAUAAUAACCUUAUGAGUUCAUAACAUAUUAAAUGUAACUAAACAAGAAUCAAGUGAAAGAAAAAAAUUCAUGAGAACAUCUAUGUAAUUUCAAAUAGAACCUUCGAAAUCAAUGGUAAUGGGGUAAUGACUCAUGACUUGAGUCUCCAACAUAACCCUAACAGAGUUUUCUUAUCUUCUCCCUUUCUUUUCCAUUCAAUGCAAACAGUUAAAGGAUGUAAAUGGAUAAUAAAAAAUCAGGAUCUCUGCCUCCCUGGGCAAGCCUUGAACCUUGGACCUCAAGGUUUCGUACACUAUUAAAAAAGCCCGCCUCUGUGGGGCGCGCAUAAACCAUUGCUUGAUUUCAACCAGAACCAGGUUCAUAAACAAAGAGAGAUGAAAACGAGAAAAGGCGGGGUGAAAGUCUUCAGUCUUCACCUGAAAAAAAAAUGGCGGUUAUAAGAGUAGCAUCUCCGACUUCGAAUAUCUUUUUCGUUUCCUCCAAAUUCAAUUUCACAGCAGAGUUCAUACACUUCAAUCCUCAAUCGAAAUCAUUCUUGAAAACAUCUUUGAAAACUUGUAGUUCCAUCACCUCUUAUUCGUUUUCACCCUUCAAUCGUCUGAAUUCACUCAAGCACGAAGAGAAGCCUCGACGUCAUACUUCGCGUCUCUUUCUACCGUCUUUGGAACCGAUAAAACCGUAUAUUCAGUCGGAAUGGAGAUCAAUUCUCAUGGGAUGGACUUGCAGCUUCGUUUCCGUUUGUUGUCUUUCGAAGAUUGUUCCCAAACUCGGAAAAUUAUCUGCUGUUGUGAGCAAGAUGGAUGCGAAUCGACUAACAGAGGAGGGCUUGGUGUUUGGGGUCUUGAUUUUGGUUCGGUUGGUGGCUAAUUACUGGCAGCAAGCUCUCUUGUGGGAUGCAACGUUGAAUUCGGUGUAUAAGAUCAGAGUUUAUGUUUUCGAGAGGGUUCUCCAGAGAGAUUUGGGAUUUUUCGAAGGUGGUGGUGCUGUUUCGGCCGGUGAUAUUGCUUAUAGAAUAACUGCGGAGGCUUCGGACGUUUCAGAGACAGUGUAUGCUCUCUUGAAUGUCAUUCCACCUAUGUCUCUUCUUAUUGCAUAUCUUGGUGAAAGGCUUCGUAAGAUAUCUAAAAAAGCACAGCUUAGUGCGGCUGCUCUCUCUGCAUACCUGAAUGAGGUUCUCCCCUCAAUUCUUUUUGUGAAAGCAAACAAUGCAGAAGUCUGUGAAGGUGCAAGGUUUCAAAGGCUUGCUUAUGCUGACCUAUUCAAACGUUUGAAAAAGAAGAAAAUGAAGGCACUUAUUCCUCAAAUUCUGCAAGUUAUAUAUGUUGGAGCAUUACUGAUAUUUUGUGCCGGUUCCAUGAUGGUCUCAAGGGGUUCCUUUGAUGGUUCUGCCCUGAUUUCUUUUGUAACAUCGUUGAUUCUGUUGAUUGAGCCCAUCCAGAAACAAUUUAUUCUUCAUAAUCAGGGCAUUGGAAAAGCAUACGAUGAGUUGAAACAGGGAGAGCCAGCUUUAGAACGCUUAUUUGAUUUGACCAGAUUCAACUCUGAGGUAAUUGUGAAACCGGAUGCAGUAGAUUUAGCCUCUGUUAGAGGAGACGUGAAUUUUUGUAAUAUUUCAUUCAAGUAUGGAGACAAUAUGCCUCUUAUCUUAAAUGGACUGAAUCUUCAUAUCAACCCUGGAGAAACAGUUGCUAUUAUUGGUCCUUCUGGAGGAGGAAAGACUACCCUGUCAAAACUUCUUCUUCGCCUUUAUGAUCCUCUAUGUGGGAGCGUACUAAUUGAUAACCUCAACAUCCAGGACAUUCAGUUGGAAAGUCUUAGGCAGCAUGUUGGUCUGGUUUCUCAAGAUAUAACCCUUUUUUCGGGAACAGUUGCAGAAAAUAUUGGGUACAGGGAUUUGAUGAGACAAAUUGACAUGGAGAGGGUUGAGCGUGCUGCAAUGGCUGCGAAUGCUGAUGAGUUUACUAGAACUCUUUCAGAAGGAUAUGAAACCAAUAUUGGUCCAAGGGGCUCAAUUUUAAGUGGUGGCCAGAAGCAGAGGAUAGCUAUUGCAAGGACACUGUAUCAGAACCCAUCCAUACUGAUUUUGGAUGAAGCAACUUCAGCUUUAGAUAGCGGGUCUGAGAUAUUGGUGAGAAAAGCUGUGGAACAUUUAAUGGGAAAUCGUACCGUAUUGGUGAUUGCCCAUAGACUGGAAACGGUUUUAAUGGCCAAUCGAAUAUUCCUAUUGGACAAGGGGAAACUGGUGGAGGUAAGUCGCUCGUUUCUCCUAAGCAAGGACAAUCUCUAUGGAUCACUAGUGUCAAAUGCGGUCGUGAUAUGAUUGCUGAAGAGGAAAUAACUAUGGAGUUGUCAUGAGAAAUCAAUUGUAAAGCUACUUCCAAUUCUCCCCCAUGGACUUUCCUUUUAAAAAUUACUUCUGAUUAUCAAGUUUGUCAAUGCAACAUAUUACCUGCUCUAACUAAUUGUCACAGCAUUGAUUUGUUAAAUUUGGUUACCUAAACAGAGCUGUUAUCAUAGUUUUGCAACCCUCCCUUUCUGGUUCUUGUUUUGUUAAAGCUUACAUAUAGUACUUUCAAUGAUAAACCGUUUAGUUUUAUU